UGAGUGUUCGCACGUGGUUGUGUUUCCCCGGCUUAAGCCGGUGCUGGCGGGGAAGUAAUUUGAACUGUCUUGCUGGAGCUAGUGAGCCGAGCCGGAGCCAUGGAGGGCCAGAGUGUGGAGGAGCUGCUGGCAAAGGCCGAACGGGACGAAGCCGAGAAGCUGCAGCGCAUCACGGUGCACAAGGAGCUGGAACUGGAGUUCGACCUGGGUAACCUACUGGCCUUGGACCGGAACCCCCCGACCGGCCUGCGGCGCGGGGGACCUACGCCGGAGGCCGAACUGCGGGCGUUGGCGCGGGACAACACGCAGCUGCUCAUCAACCAGCUGUGGCAGCUGCCGACGGAGCGUGUGGAGGAGGCGCUGGUGGCGCAGCUUCCGGAGCCCACCACUCGCCUGCCGCGCGAGAAGCCGGUGCCUCGGCCGCGGCCGCUGACCCGCUGGCAGCAGUUCGCGCGUCUUAAGGGCAUCCGUCCUAAGAAGAAGACCAAUUUGGUGUGGGAUGAGGUGAGCGGCCAGUGGCGACGCCGCUGGGGAUACCAGCGCGCCCGCGACGACACCAAGGAAUGGCUGAUCGAAGUGCCCGGCAAUGCCGACCCCUUGGAGGACCAGUUCGCCAAGAGGAUUGAGGCCAAAAAGGAGCGAGUGGCCAAGAACGAGCUGAACCGGCUGCGUAACUUAGCCCGCGCGCACAAGAUGCAGCUGCCCAGCUCGGCCGGCUUGCGCCCUACCGGACACCAAAGUAAGGAGGAGCUGGGCCGCGCCUUGCAAGUGGCCAAAGUCUCCACUGCUUCUGUGGGGCGCUUCCAGGAGCGCCUGCCCAAGGAGAAGGCGCCCCGGGGCUCCGGCAAGAAAAGAAAGUUUCAGCCUCUUUUUGGGGACUUUGCAGCAGAGAAAAAGAGCCAGUUGGAGAUGCUGCGAGUCAUGAACAGCAAAAAGCCUCAGCUGGACGUGACGAGGGCCACCAAUAAACAGAUGAGGGAGGAAGACCAAGAGGAGGCGGCCAAAAGGAGGAAAAUGAGCCAAAAGGGCAAGAGAAGGGGGGGCCGGCAGGGUCCAGGAGGCAAGAGGAAAGGGGGUCCACCCAGCCAGGGCAGGGAGAGGAAAGGAGGCUUGGGAGGCAAGAUGAAUUCCGGGCCACCUGGCUUGGGUGGCAAGAGGAAAGGAGGGCAGCCCCAAGGAGGAAAAAAGAGGAAGUAAAAUUCACCCUCCGACCCGCCAGUAAACCAAGAACUAUUUUAAAUGUUGAGGCCCAAGUCCUGUAGGGGGAUGAAGAAGGCCACUGCCUUCUUUGAGCUUGAGGUUGAAGGGAUAGGAAUGCCCUCUCCUCAAGGAGUAUGUAAAUAUUGGACUUCACAAAUGUUUUUUCCAACAAGCAGGUCUUAGGCUGGUGAUUUAAAGGAUGUAUUUGGGGACGUAAGAAUUUGGUCAAAACAACCUUUUUUUUUUUUUAACUUUGGAUGUGGUGUGAGGGAGAGUUUGGUGUUAUUUUAUAACAAGCUUGUGUAUUUAUCAAAGGGGUGGAUGGGCACAAAGAAAGAUAACAUUUUCAGAACUGGCCUUAAAAGUAAUUGUUGUAAAGUUACUAAUAAAAGUGUGCCUGUAUGUAAUACUGCUUUUAACUGUUCGGCUAUUGGUAGAAAUUUUAAGUAAAGCCAGUGACUUAGAUAUCUGGUACAGAUAAUUUUCGUUUACUUUGUAAAAAACACAAGGUAGCUAAAUUGUGAUGAUUUCAGUGACACCACUGUAAAAAGAAAAUCAUACUUCUUUUAAUAUCAGGUAUAAUAUAGAAGGUGUAGUAUAGCUGGUGUUUCUGAAAAGGGAUUUCCUGCUUUUCAACGCUGAAAACAUUGGUUUUCUGUAAAUGAUAAAAUGGGCUCAAAUAAAUAAUGGUAAUAAUCAUCAUUC